UUGUUGUUGCUGCUGCAGGUGUUUGGGACAGUGUGUCAGAGUGAGCCGCUGUUCUUCCUGGAUAAGUAUGAUGACGGUCCAGUGAAGAUGACCCACUGGCAAUCAGAGGGACGGGAGGGAUCCAUUAUAGUAGAACUGAUGAAACAGGCCUCGACACCGCUCUGUCUGCUAACCACCUGGAUGCUAACACUGUGGACCAGCCUCUGUAGUAGCAGGAUAUUGAAUGUGCACCCGAUGAGGUUCAUAUCCAGUAAGUUGUCUACGUGUGUUCAGCUGAGCUACAGAACAGAACACCUUCAGACAGUCUGCUCUCCUACCAGAGCCACCGCACACAACCACUUCAUGAGGAAAGCCAAUAUCUUUGUGUCGUUCUUUGUGGAUGUGUCUCUGGGCCUGCUGCUGGUGUCGUGGAUGUAUAGAGAGAACCGUAUAGGCAAACUGGCCAACACACUGGUACCUGCUGCUGACCAUGUAGCUAAAGAGCUGGAGGAGCUGUUGCAGUGGCUGAUGGGAGCUCCAGCUGGUCUGAAGAUGAACCGGGCUCUAGACCAGGUGUUAGGACGAUUCUUCCUCUACCAUAUACACUUGUGGAUCAGCUACAUUCACCUGAUGUCUCCGUUCGUUGAGAUGAUUCUGUGGUACGUGGGUCUGUCUGCCUGCCUGGGCUUGACCUUUGCCCUCUCCCUGCUCUCUGACAUCACCGCCCUGCUCACCUUCCACAUCUACUGUUUCUACGUCUAUGGAGCCAGGCUGUAUUGUAUGACAGUAUAUGGUCUGUCCUCUCUGUGGAGGCUGUUCAGGGGGAAGAAAUGGAAUGUCCUCAGACAGAGAGUAGACUCCUGCUCUUAUGACCUGGACCAGUUGUUCAUAGGGACGUUACUCUUCACCAUCCUGCUGUUCCUCCUGCCAACCACAGCUCUAUACUACCUAGUGUUUACCCUGCUCCGCCUGGUGGUAGUAAUGUUCCAGGAGUUCUCCACCCAGUGUUGA